AUGUUGCGAGUUCAAUCUGAAUUCGGUGUGUCAAUCCCAUUCCGAUUCCUGGUAUCAGCUCACAGUCCGUCUAUUCUGGGUCUGCGAGCAAUGCGGCUACUACAAGGAUCAAUUCAACUACAGACCAACAACGAUAUGCCAAUCAUUUCACAUGUUCAACAUUUGAUUGUACAGUGUUCCGGUAACGUUGGUGGCAUGAAAGUGCCGCCGGUAAAGUUGGAAGUAAACGGAGAACCCAUUUUCCUAAAACGAUGUGUCCUCCCGUACGAUCAACGAGAAUAUGUCCUGAAAACUUUACAGAAAAUGGAGCAGGAUGGUGUGAUACGUAAAGUUGAAUCUAGUGCCUGGGCUACCCCGAUCGUCGUGGCGAUGAAAAGUGAUGGUAGGAUUGCAUGUGUCGCCCGGCCUCUUUCAUUCGGCAAUAGACAGUGUCAUCAAAGGUUUUGA